AUAGAAGGAAUUGGAUGCUCUAAACUCAAGUCUUUAUUAACCACCCUUUUGUUCCCACAAACGAAUCAUCAUCGUUCACAAGUUUUGUUUUCCUAACAAGAAUUGUAACAACACGGGAUUUUUUUUCAGAUAUCACCGUAGAAAUUUAUAGUAAAGAGCAUCCAAUUCUAGAAACACACAAUUUAGACCACAUACAUCCGAAUUCCCCUUCUAUUUUCUCACACAGACAAGCUAACAUUAAUAGGCUGAUAAAGAACCUCACAAAAUAUUUUGUGAAUUUCAUGUCAAGUAACCAUAACCAAACGACGAGGAGCUAGUUGGAUACGUUGAAGAAUAAAGACAUAAAGGUGCUCCAUGUAGACAUCAGAGUUGAAGAAUGAACAAGUUGAACUAUUAUUCCCAGGAAAUGAUCAGGUUUAAUCUUGAACAGAACAUGUUCGUGUCACAAAGUACUCUAAUAUAUAUAUUUUCAGUUUGUGGCCAUAGAAUUACAGAAGAAAUUGUGGAUUUGGAAAAGGAAAAAGCAUCUUCAGAGAUAGCUGGCUUCUGGUUCGUAAAGCAUGCUCUUUCAGUAAUAGUGGGGCAUCCUUCUUAUCUAGCAUGUUGCUACACUGAUUGUGAAUUCCACUAGCUUAAGAAAGAGGUGUCAUUCUUCCACACGAGACAGAAUUUAUUAUAGAAGAAGUGGUUGAGAUUGAUCCUUCGUUACUAUUUAAAGGGGAAAAUGAUGAACUGUUUUCUCUUCCAUUGCAGUGGAAGAAAUUCAUAACCAUGCAAGCCUGUGCUCCUUAUGCAGCGAUGUUACUAGUUCAAUUCGCUUAUGGAGGAUCUAAUAUCCUCAUGAAAAUUGCUCUUGAGAAGGGACUCAAUCAAAUAGUAUUUGUCGUUUAACGUCAUCUCAUUGCGAUGAUUUUGUUAGGCCCUUUUGCUUAUGUAAUUGAAAGUUGCAAGCGCGUUGAGUAACGUUAUCCCGAGUUUGACAUUCAUCAUGGCAGUUUUACUCUGGAUGGAGAAAGUGAAGACUGCAAGCCCUAGAGGACGGGCUAAAAUGUUGGGCACGGCUAUUUGCAUAAGUGGCUCACUGUUUUUUACCUUCUGGAAAGGAGGAUAUCUGUUUAAAAGUUUUGAGAACAGAGCAUUGAUAAACAUCUAUAGCACCAAAGGUUCUGCUGGUGAGUACAGGCAUGCUAAAGAAAACUGGAUUAAAGGUUCUGCACUUAUUCAUUUUGCGUGGAGUGCAUGGUUAAUUCUCCAGGCUGUAGCUUACAAAGUAUAUCCAGCUAGUUUAUCACUGAACACUUUGAUUUGCUUCUUCGAAUGCAUCAAUCCAAUCUUCUUUUCUUGCGCUGUUUUUUGCAAGAAAUCCUGCAAUAUGGAAGUUGGAUUGGAAUGUGCAGCUCCUGACCACUAUAUACUAUGUAAGAGUUUCUGCAAUAGCUAUCUAACUUUGACACUGCUCAAUUGCUUUUUACUGAUGUAUAUUCUGUUACAGGAAGUUGUGAACUCAGCAUUAGUCUACUACCCGCAAACCUGGUGUAUUAGUCACAAGGGGCCAGUUUUUGCAGCUAAUGUUUAGUCCACUGUAAGUUGUCAUUGCUGGAAUAUUCUCAGCAAUUGCUUUUGCGAAGAGACUUCAUUUGGGCAGGUGAGCUAUUAAACUCUAAGGUUUCUUAUCUCUUCCUGUUCAUUGGUUAGUUACAAGACAAUAGUGCUGCUCGGAAGCCUGAUGAGGGAAAAGGCUUAGCUAAAGGUAAAGCAUUGGAAACUUCCAUAAAUGACUACCCGUUGACGAAUCCUGACACAAGCGAAAGGAAGUGAAGAUUCAGACUUACCUGGACCAAUUCAAAUGCAAGACUGUCAGCAAUUAUCAAAGUGGCUUUUGAAGUCCCAGUGGUGUCUUGUAUUUGAAUAUACUUCACCAAACACACUUUUUUCCUACCCACAAUAAAAUAAAGUUUAAAUGGAACGUCUUGCUUAUUGCUGACAAAGGAUCAACCAAAAACAAUGACUAGUUAGUGGGAGUCAACGUCCUCCGGCACCAAUAUCCAUUUACCUAGCAAUAGUAAGGUUGUGAUGAAAGAACUAUUUAGUUUCAGUAUUCUACUGCAUGGCUUAGAUUUUUGUUCUUUUCUGAACUGAACUAUCAGUUCAGUUUAAAGUAACAUCGCAUUGCGUUGGCCAUAUCAAAAAAGCCAUGCUAUCACUUCUAAGAGUUCUUAAUAUCAAUCACAAACAGGACUUCAAGUCAUUCUUUA